GCAGCCGUGUACAGAAUUUGCGCUGAUGGAGCGGCGAACAGACUGUUCGAUGCUCUGUCAUCUCGAGGCUUUCGCGAUUUUGCAGAAGCUGGCCCUGUUCCAAUGUCGCCGUCCGAAAAGGGCCAAUUUGUUCCACCGAAUGAGAUCGUCGGUGACCUCGAUUCCCUGCGACCCGAGGUGCGACAAUUCUUCGAGCAAAGGGGGACUCAAAUCGUGCAGCGGCCAUCACAAUAUGCCACUGACUUGCAAAAAUCGAUCCAGCGAGCCGAGGACAUGGAGGAAGAGUCAGGAGGCUGGUUGCGUGGGGAUUUGUUGAUCUACGGCGGAUUAUCUGGGCGUUUCGAUCAGACUUGCCACACUCUGCAUGUGCUGUGGCAGCUCGCCGAGGGUCGCAAUCGGGCGUGGGUUGUCAACGACGACAGCGUCACGUGGUUGCUGCCGGCUGGCGAGCACGACUUGCAGAUGUCACAGCGCGUUAUGGGUAAGACAUGUGGCGUGCUUCCGUUGGGCAUCGGCGUGCAGAAUGGAGGGGCACGCGUAGUGACGAAUGGUCUCCGGUGGAAUUUGAAUGCGGACACUGGCACGCACCUGGGAGGGCUGCUCUCCACUUCCAACCAUAUGGCCAACGAAGAUGGCAUCGUUAAGUUGCAGACGGAUCAGCCGGUCUAUUGGACUGUCGAGCUCAAGUCUGAUGCGGAGAUCGCCAGCGCUAAGCGAAACUUGUAA